UUUUAUUUUAUUUUUUUAACACUACAGUAAUGAGAGUUCUAACUUGGAACGUCAAUGGGCUCUCAAGUACAUUACAGUACUACCCAUGGACAGAACAUAAGACCUACAAAGUAAAUAGUAUGCAAUAUGGACAACACUUGCAUGUCUAAACAUUUUACGCUUUUUGACAGUAUUUACUGGACACGUUAAAUUCAGACAUUAUAUGUCUACAAGAAAUCAAGUGUCAACGUGCAAAAUUACCGCGAGAUAUGGCCCUUGUACCUGGUUAUCAUGCCUAUUUUUCGUUUUCAAAAGUAAAAUUAGGAUAUUCUGGUGUAGCAGUGUAUAUCAAGGACACCUUCAUUCAACCACAGCGUACCUAUGAAGGUAUUACGGGAAUACUAGACACCGGAAGCAGUUUCACAUACAAUUUAACUACACCUGCGGAAAAAUUAGAUGCGGAAGGACGAUGUAUUAUCUUGGAUUUUGGGUUUCUUGUCCUGUUCAAUAUCUAUUUCCCUAAUGAUUCAGAGGGAACGAGACUCGAGUUUAAAAUGGAUUAUCAUGUAUGCGUGAAACAACGUGUACGGGACUUUUUAGAGAUGGGCAAAGAGGUGAUUUUGGUAGGCGACAUAAAUGCAGUGCAUGAAGAAAUAGAUCAUUGUGAUCCCAAACAAAGCAUCAGAGAACAUGGGAUUAAGAAUUUUAAGGAUCUACCACAAAGAAGUUGGUUAGAUCAGAUAUUGGUUCCUAAUGGUCCAUUGAUUGAUAUGACUCGACUUUAUCAUCCAGAUCGUCAAAAAAUGUUCACUUGUUGGAACACGAGAACAAAUGCAAGGCCCGCCAACUUUGGUACACGUAUUGAUUAUGUAUUGGCGUCGCGAGGAUUAAAGUCUUGGUUUAAAUAUUCGGAUAUUCAACCAGAGAUCAUGGGAUCUGAUCAUUGCCCAGUGUAUGCAGAUUUCCUGGAUGAAAUGGUGGAUCUAUUGGAUAAACAACCAACGACAUAUGAAUCACCCUUACUGUCUCAUCACUAUCCCGAGUUUAGUAACAAGCAAAAGAAACUAUCAAACUAUUUCAGCAAAUCCACUAGUAGUAGCACGCCUACUUUAUCAGUAUGUACGCCAAGUAAACGAAGUGCCGAUGAUGAAAUGUCAAGAUCAUGUGGCCCAAAGAAACAAAAGUCUAUCCAGUCCUUUUUCAAUGGCAAUAGUAAUAAAAAAGAUGAUGAUGUGGAUAAACUUAUUCAGCAUGUGGAGCAAAAGGAAACAACGACAAAAGCAUGGACAAGCUUAUUUUCGGCACGGGAAGUUCCACGAUGUAAAGUCCAUAAUGAACCAUGUUUGGAGCGAACCGUCACCAAAAAGGGACCUAAUUUGGGCCGUAUAUUUUAUAUUUGCUCAAAACCUAUAGGACCGAAAGAUGGACCGGCUCAUCAAUUUAAUUGCAAUUUCUUUCAAUGGAAGACUACUAAAUAACAUUUUUCAAAAAACGUGUGUUUGUCAUACCUUAAUUUAAC